UCUCUUCGCGCAUGCGCACUUCAGUUCGCGCUUUGAACAGUGUGGCGCGAAUCCGUUUUUGAUGAUGAAACCAGCCCGAGGGUCAGGAAGGGCCUCCACACGGGGCCCCAGAGGAGCCGCAGACAGGAACACACACAAGACCGAUAAAACGUCCAAAGCCAUUGCUGAAGGCCCACGUCCGGAGUCAUCAAAGAAACAUGACGCGAUUGCUGGAAAGAGUAAGAAUAAGGCAAACUGGAGGCCGCUGACCAAGUCUUCCCUACUGGCUCUGGAGAACAUGCUGGGUUUGUCCGUACUAUCCGUACUGGCAUUGAAAAGCAGAGAAAAAGAAGAAUCGCAGAAGCAUCUCAACCUCCUUAAAGACCAGUUCCUGACUAAGUGUGCACAGCUUUCUGUUCCCCCAACGAAACAUGGAGACCUUAUGCACGUGUCCCAUCAGUUCAAAGCAGAGAGUAAGAAGUCUGAGAAUGGCAGGAAGACGCUUGAGGCUUUAGAGGAGAACGUGCGCUCGGUCGUAAGCACUCUGGAGGAGAUGGAGGUGCAGAUGGAUAGCUUGGAGGAGAAAUGCAGGAUAAUGAGAAGCAAACUAGAGGAUGAAGAGGAAAAGGCACAAGAGUUUCUCCAGCUGUCAGAACAGACAGUUCUGCGUCUUUCUGCUUUACCGUCUCGUCCAGUCAAUGAGCCGACGCUACAGGAGCACCUCAUGAAGAUCGUCCCCGAUCCUCCGGCGGUGGUCCAAGCGCUUCAGGCGGCUCCUGUCCUCGAGGAUGUGAGGACCUUUCUGAGGCUCGCACAUAAACAGGUGGAUGCAGUGCAAGCAGCUCACAGAGACACAGCCCUGGACUGAGCGUCACAGACAAAGACACUAAACUUUACACAUAAACAAAAUA